AUGUUUGGAGGUCAACAGAAUAAUAGUGGCACCAAUGCCUUUAGUGGGUUUUCCGCAAAUAACAACACCAACAGUAAUACCAGCAAUAAUACCAGCAGCCAACAAGGUGGCACAUCUGUAUUUGGAGCAUCAAAGUCAGCCGAAUCCAAUGCGUUUGGAGCUUCUAACAGUACUUCUAAACCACUCUUCAGUUCAGGAGCUCAACAGCAAUCAUCGUCAACUCCAGCAUUUGGGGCCCCCAAAUCCAGUUCUCCGUUUGGAAAUGCUAGUACCAAUCAACCCAACGCAUUUGGAUCAGCAUUUGGUGCUGCUCCUAAAACAGGGGGAUUAUUUGGAGCCAACACAGCUAACUCAACAGCUCAAUCAGGUUCAAUAUUUGGACAAAAGAAAGAUGAUGCUACUUCCGGUUCUACUGGAACGACCAGUACUGGAUUAUUUGGAGCUAAUCCCGCUUCUAACAAUCAGUCGACCGGCGUUACUUUUGGUGCUCCUACAUCGACCACCUCCAAUGAAAAGACAGAAGAACCCAAAUCAACUGGCCCUUUCGGUUCCAAACCAGCAGAUAGUACAACAAGUACAGGCACAACAGGGGUAUCUUUUGGUACUCAAAACCAAACAACUAGUGCAACUAGCGGUGGAGGCUUAUUUGGGGCCAAGAAAGAUCAAUCUCCAGCACCAACGGGAGGAUUAUUCGGCUCUACAACAACAAGUCAGGAUGCCAAACCAGCAAAUGAUACCGCCACAAGUAGUGAACUGAAACCUGCUAUUAAUAUGUUUGGUUCUAGUAGCACUACAGCCGAUAAUAAGUUGGGCAGCGGGAGCUCUUUUGGUUCUAACAAUAAUCCACUCUUUGGUGGUAAGAAGGAUGAUAACAAAUCUUCUGCAUUUACGCUUGGAUCGAAACCAGAAAAUAAUGAAGGACCAAAAGCACCUUUUUUUGCAGCUAACAAUGACACAAGUAAACCGGCUACUAGUGGAUUCUUGUUUGGGGCUAAAAAGGAUGAGGAUAAACCAGCUAGUGGUGGAUUUUUGCUUAGUGUUAAGAAGGACGACGAUAAAGACAAACCUACCACCAGUGGAUUGUCAUUUGGUGCUAAAAAGGAUGACAAUAAACCAGCUAGUGGUGGAUUUUCAUUUGGUGCUAAGAAAGACGAAGAUAAGGCUGCCAGUGGCGGCGGAUUUACAUUUGGUGCUAAAAAGGAUGACGAUAAAGACAAACCAGCUAGUGGUGGAUUUUCUUUUGGCCAAAAAUCCGAUGAUAAGAAAGAAGAUAAAAGUGGUUCCGGAAAUGCCACAUCUGCUACUACAGCUUCAACGGCAACCACUACUACUACCACAGCUCAACCAAAUUUGAAACCGACAAAAAUUGAACCAAUUCCUGUUUCAAUUGAUAACAAAACACUUGAUGACUUGAUUGUCAAAUGGUCUAAGCAGUUGACGACAACUACAAAAGUUUUUGAUUCAUACACUACUAAGGUCAAGGAAUGGGACCAGAAAUUGGUAGAAAGUGGAGAUGAUAUUACCAAACUAAACCAAGAAUCAUUGGAGGCAGAGACGUUGCAAAGCAAAAUAAACCAGCAGUUGCUUUUUGUUGAAAACCAACAAGAUGAAUUAGAGAAGAUAUUAGAUAAUUACGAGCAACAGGCAGACAUUUUGUUGAACAACAUGGAAUUGAACAAUAACGAAGUUGUCAAUGCCCCAUCAUCCUUGAUUCAUGCUGUUGACGGAAGCAAUAAAGAUACCAACUCCAAAGAUGCUAGUGCUAGUGUUUCCUCUUCAAAUCCAGCAGCCUCUGGCGGGUCAUCCUCAUCUUUGAGUAUCACUGAUAAAUUACGUGAAAAUGCUUAUCACAAUGCUGAGUUGUUAGAUGAAAGAUUGGAUAACCUAGGUGCCAACUUAGGAACUUUGAUCAAUGAAAUCAAUUCAGUCAGUGAUGUUUUCAACAAGAAUUUGAUCAAUGAGUUAGCUAACAAAGCCGAUGCAAGAGAUUCUACCAGUAAGAAGGAUGAUAUAAAACCAGAUGAGAAUAAUCCAUUUGAAGAGAUUGUGAGAUUAUUGAAUUUACAUUUGGAAAACUUGAAAUACAUUGAAAAUGCAGAAGAAGAGUUGAAAAGCAAGUUGGAGAAAUUGAACAAAACCAAAAAAUUAAAUCAUUAA